AAUCAGAAUUCUGGCCCAGCAGGGCUUGAGGAAGAAUAAGUUGGAAAAGAUGAGAAAUUAAUAUUUCUCUUGCUUUUUCUAUUUCUUCAAAAGCUUGUUUCAAAUAGUUUUUUCUGAUUUAUGCGUAGACGUGGAUGGAGUUAUUUUGAGAAGACAGUAUUUUAUUGAUAAAAUUCACAGAAAACGAGGUGAUUCGUAUGCGAACAUUUUGAGACGCUUGCUGGAAAUCUUCCAACAUGGCGUACACCGGAGACUCCAAUGCUCCGUUGAUGACUGUUAAGAGAGUACAGUUUGGGAUCUUGAGUCCUGAUGAAAUCAGGAAAAUGUCUGUGACAGAGGGAGGAAUAAAGUAUUCGGAGACGACCGAAGGAGGCCGCCCUAAGCUUGGUGGUUUAAUGGACCCGCGUCAGGGUGUUAUUGACAGGUUGUCGCGAUGCCAGUCGUGUGCAGGAAGCAUGUCCGAAUGUCCGGGUCACUUCGGACACAUUGAACUAGCCAAGCCUGUCUAUCACAUCGGCUUCUUGACCAAGACGGUGAAAAUACUUCGUUGUGUGUGUUUCUUCUGCUCAAAAUUGUUAGUCGAUGCGACUUCAGCAAAAAUGAAGGAUAUUCUUUCUAAAUCAAAAGGCCACCCACGAAAGAGACUGGCCCAUGUGUACGACUUGUGCAAGAGUCGGAAGGUGUGUGAGGGUGGAGACGAAAUGGAGAAGGCCAACAUGGACGAAACACCUGCAGGAGAAGAAGGUGAAGGCCAGAAAAAGAGUCACGGCGGAUGUGGCAGAUUCCAGCCUAAGAUUCGAAAGAACGGCUUGGAGAUGAUUGCCGAGUGGAAGAACGUGAAUGAAGACUCACAGGAGAGGAAGAUCAUUCUGUCGGCUGAGCGCGUGCUCGAGAUCUUUAAGAGGAUUUCCGACGAAGAAUGCUCCAUUCUCGGAAUGGACCCCAAAUACUCGCGUCCAGACUGGAUGGUGAUAACAGUGUUUCCUGUUCCCCCGCUCUGCGUGAGGCCGGCUGUUGUGAUGUUCGGCUCGGCUAGAAAUCAGGACGAUCUGACCCACAAGUUGGCCGAUAUCAUCAAAGCCAACAACCAGCUGCGGAGAAAUGAACAGAACGGUGCGGCAGCUCACAUCAUCGCUGAAGACACGAAGAUGUUACAGUACCACUGUUCUACUCUAGUAGACAAUGAGUUACCAGGCCUGCCAAGGGCUUGUCAGAAAUCUGGACGACCUCUUAAAUCAGUCAAGCAGAGACUGAAGGGAAAGGAAGGGAGGGUGCGUGGAAAUCUGAUGGGGAAACGAGUCGACUUCUCAGGCCGUACAGUCAUCACACCAGACCCUAACCUCAAGCUGUACCAAGUCGGUGUUCCCAGAAGUAUUGCGCAGAAUCUGACAUUUCCAGAAAUUGUCACACCUUUCAACAUAGACAAAAUGCAGGCGCUUGUCCGCAGGGGAGCUAACCAGUACCCAGGUGCCAAGUACAUAGUGCGAGACAAUGGUGAGAGAAUAGACUUGAGGUUUCAUCCCAAGUCCUCUGAUCUCCACUUGCAGAUUGGAUACAAGGUUGAGAGACACAUGGAAGAUAAUGAUGUGGUCAUCUUCAACCGGCAACCCACUCUUCACAAGAUGUCCAUGAUGUGUCACAAGGUCAAAGUGUUACCCUGGUCAACUUUCAGGCUCAACUUGAGUGUUACGACACCAUACAAUGCUGAUUUUGAUGGCGAUGAAAUGAAUCUGCACUUGCCACAGUCGCUGGAGACGAAAGCUGAGAUCCUGAAUCUUGCGUACGUGGCGCGUAUGAUCAUAACUCCUCAGUCCAACAGGCCCGUCAUGGGUAUCGUACAGGACACGCUGUGUGCCGUUAGGAAGAUGACCAAAAGAGAUGUCUUCCUCGAACGGCAAGAAGUGAUGAAGAUCCUCAUGUUCAUGCCGACGUGGGACGGUCGACUUCCCCACCCGGCCAUCUUGAAACCGAAACCGCUGUGGACGGGCAAACAGAUCUUCUCCAUCAUCAUCCCCGGUCGCAUCAACUGUAUCCGCACACACAGCACCCACCCCGACAACGAGGACAAAGGGCCGUACAAGUGGAUCUCCCCAGGCGAUACGCGGGUGCUGAUAGAAGAUGGAGUGUUGAUCUCUGGUAUUGUCUGUAAGAAGACUCUGGGAGCAUCUGCGGGUGCGCUUGCCCAUGUCGUGUUUCUUGAACUCGGCUUUGAGAUAUGUGGCGAACUGUAUGGGAACAUCCAGACCUGCGUCAACAACUGGCUUCUCUUGGAGGGUCACAGCAUCGGCAUUGGGGACACCAUUGCUGACCCGCAGACCUACCUCGACAUCCAGGAAACCAUCAGGAAGGCCAAGGCGGAGGUGAUAGACGUCAUUGAAAAAGCUCACAACGAUGACCUCGAGCCGACCCCUGGUAACACUCUGAGACAGACGUUUGAGAACCAGGUGAACCGAAUCCUGAACGACGCCAGAGACAAGACCGGUAGUAAGGCUCAGAAAUCUCUGUCAGAAUUCAACAACUUCAAGGCUAUGGUGGUGGCAGGAUCGAAGGGAUCCAAGAUCAACAUUUCACAGGUCAUUGCUUGUGUGGGCCAGCAGAACGUUGAGGGUAAACGGAUUCCGUUUGGCUUUCGUCACCGGACACUGCCUCAUUUCAUCAAGGACGAUUACGGUCCCGAGUCGCGAGGUUUUGUUGAGAACUCGUACCUUGCCGGUCUGACGCCAUCCGAGUUCUUCUUUCAUGCCAUGGGAGGUCGUGAGGGAUUGAUUGAUACAGCUGUGAAGACUGCUGAAACCGGUUACAUCCAACGUCGUCUGAUAAAGGCUAUGGAGAGCGUGAUGGUAAAAUACGACGGCACAAUCCGUAACCAGGUGGAGCAGCUCGUGCAGUUGACAUACGGGGAGGAUGGGCUGGAUGCAACUCACGUCGAGUUCCAGGCCAUGCCCACCCUCAAACCAUCGGACAGGGCCUUCGAAAAGAGGUUCAGAUUUGACACGGCUAACGAAAGAUCGUUGCGGCGGUGUCUUGGUGAGGAUGUAGUGAAAGACCUGAUGGGUGAUGCUGGUGUUCUGGCGGAGCUGGAGCGAGAGUUCGAACAGCUUAAAGAAGACAGGAUGGCCCUCCGACAGAUUUUCCCAACCGGCGACAGUAAGAUCGUGUUGCCAUGCAACCUCGACAGGAUGAUCUGGAACGCCAAGAAAAUAUUCCGCAUAGACCAGAGGAAAGUGACCGAUCUGCACCCUAUCAAAGUGGUGGAAGGUGUGCGUGAAUUGUGUCAGAAACUGGUAGUGGUAGCUGGUGAGGACAGGCUUAGUGUUGCAGCCAACGCCAACGCAACCAUAUUGAUGAAGAUUCUCAUCCGUUCCACGUUGUGUGCCAAACGCGUGUCUGAAGAAUUCCGAUUGAAUCAGGAGGCGUUCGAGUGGCUCAUUGGUGAAAUCGAAACGAAGUUCCAGCAGGCUCAGGUGCACCCUGGUGAGAUGGUAGGAGCGUUGGCCGCCCAGUCGCUUGGUGAGCCCGCCACACAGAUGACGCUGAACACUUUCCAUUACGCUGGUGUGUCUGCCAAGAACGUAACCCUUGGUGUGCCGCGGCUCAAGGAGAUCAUCAACAUCUCGAAGAAACCCAAGACUCCCUCGCUGACCGUCUACCUGUUGGACCAGGCUGCCAGGGACGCGGAGAAAGCCAAGGACGUUUUGUGCCGUCUUGAGCACACGACGCUGCGUAAAGUGACGGCGAACACGGCCAUCUACUACGACCCCGACCCGAUGAACACUGUGAUCGUUGAGGACCAGGAGUGGGUGAGCGUCUACUACGAGAUGCCCGACUUCGACGCCUCGCGCAUCUCAUCCUGGCUGCUCCGCAUUGAGCUCGACCGCAAGAGAAUGACCGACAAGAAGCUUACCAUGGAGCAGAUCUCCGAGAAGAUCACAGCAGGAUUUGGUGAUGAUCUCAACUGCAUCUUCAAUGACGACAAUGCUGAGAAGCUUGUACUCAGAAUAAGAAUCAUGAAUUCUGAUGAAAGCAAAUUUCAGGAGGAGGAAGAAAUGGCUGACAAAAUGGAAGAUGAUGUAUUCUUGAGGUGUAUUGAAUCAAACCUGCUGUCUGACAUGAGCCUCCAGGGAAUCGAAGCCAUUGCAAAAGUAUACAUGCAUCUGCCGACAACUGACGACAAGAAGCGAAUCUUCAUCACAGAGGAGGGAGAGUUCAAGUCUGUGGCCGAGUGGAUCCUUGAGACCGACGGAACCGCACUGAUGCGUGUGUUGAGUGAACGCGACAUCGACCCCAUCCGCACUAACAGCAACGACAUCGUUGAAGUGUUUGCUACAUUGGGGAUUGAAGCUGUCCGGAAAGCCAUUGAGAGGGAGAUGAAUCACGUAAUUUCCUUUGACGGCUCGUACGUAAACUACCGCCAUCUGGCCCUGUUGUGCGACGUGAUGACUGCGAAAGGUCACUUGAUGGCCAUCACUCGUCACGGAAUCAACAGACAGGAAACCGGAGCCCUCGCUAGAUGCUCAUUUGAGGAAACUGUUGAUAUUUUGAUGGAGGCAGCUGCCCAUGCUGAGUUUGACCCGAUGAAGGGUGUGUCAGAAAACAUCAUGCUGGGACAGCUGGCGAGGAUCGGAACGGGAAGCUUCGAUCUGCUGCUGGACGCGGAGAAGUGUAAACACGGCAUGGAAAUCCCCACCAACAAUGGGCCAGGCGUGCUGGCCGGAGCUGGCACUGGUAUGUUCUUUGGUGCGGUGGGCAGUCCUGUCAGUGGCAUGUCGCCCCAGAUGACCCCGUGGAACCAGGGUGCCACUCCGGCCUACCCCAGCGCCUGGUCUCCUGGCGUCGGCAGCGGGAUGACCCCUGGUCAGGCAGGCUUCUCUCCGUCGGCGGCCAGUGAGAGUGGAUACAGCCCGGGAUACAGCCCAGCAUGGUCCCCCCAGCCAGGCUCGCCAGGAUCCCCCACCAGUCCGUACAUUCCGAGCCCUCGAGGAGCGAUGUCACCAAGCUAUUCGCCGGCUUCACCUUCCUACAUGCCCAGCUCGCCGGCCAUGACGCCACAGAGUCCAGGUUACUCGCCGACAAGUCCGUCGUAUUCUCCGACGAGUCCGGGAUAUUCUCCUACAUCUCCGAAAUAUAGUCCAACAUCUCCUUCGUACUCUCCUACAAGUCCGUCGUACAGUCCGACAUCACCGUCGUAUAGUCCGACAUCACCCUCCUACAGUCCGACAUCGCCGUCUUACAGUCCGACAUCACCGUCUUAUUCCCCCACCUCCCCGUCAUACUCCCCUACCAGCCCGUCAUACUCGCCCACUUCUCCCUCAUACAGUCCGACUUCUCCAUCGUACAGUCCGACAUCGCCUUCCUACUCCCCAACAAGUCCGUCGUAUUCACCAACAAGUCCGUCGUAUUCACCGACAAGUCCGUCGUAUUCACCAACAAGCCCAUCAUAUUCCCCAGCAAGCCCCAGCUACAGUCCGACGUCGCCGUCAUACAGUCCAACAUCUCCCUCUUACUCCCCUACCAGUCCUUCGUACAGUCCGACUUCGCCGUCAUACAGUCCGACUAGUCCAUCUCAUAGUCCGACGUCGCCCAGCUACAGCCCCAGCAGUCCAAGCUAUUCUCCCAGCAGCCCCAAGUAUAGCCCGUCAAGUCCGUCAUACUCCCCAACAAGUCCGUCGUAUUCCCCGAGUUCGCCUCAGUACAGCCCAUCGUCGCCAAAGUACUCACCAACGAGUCCGUCGUAUUCCCCAAGCAGUCCAAAGUACUCUCCAGCUUCCCCAACCUAUACCCCGACUUCGCCACGCUACAGCCCAUCGUCUCCAGAAUACAGCCCAUCUUCCCCUCAGUACAGCCCAUCCUCCCCUCAAUACAGUCCAUCAUCUCCGCAGUAUUCCCCCACCUCCCCAUCCUACUCGCCAUCUAGUCCAGCAUAUUCCCCGACCAGUCCGACGUACUCCCCUUCGAGCCCGCAGUAUUCCCCGGCAAGCCCACAGUAUUCCCCAACCAGCCCGACAUAUACACCGACGAGCCCCAAGUAUUCUCCGGGAAGUCCGACGUAUACCCCGGAAACACCCAAGUACUCUCCAACCAGUCCACAUUACUCUGGAGCAGGGGAUGAAGAUAGCGAUCAGGACUAAUUUUCUUACGGGGCGAUGCAGUUGUGUGUAUGUUCUGUGUGUGUGUGCUUAUUGUGGAUGCUAGCAGGAACACUGCUGGUCAGUCUUAAGAAGGGGCAAGAAUGAGACAAAAUAUUAUGUUUGUGUUUAUGUAUUUUGUACAGACUUUGGCCCUAUGCUUAUAAAGCAAAAAUAAUACAAAUAUUUACAUGUGUUUAUGUAUUUUGUGCUAACUUGGGGCUUUGUGCUCAUAAAGCUUUUGAAGUCUAGGCUUUAAUAACAUCUUCAGACUGAUGUCGGAGCAAAACAAUAAGAAUUGUGCAAAUACGAAUUUGUGCAAUUUUGAGUCUUGACUAGUUGUAUGAGCACACACCCAGGAAAGCUUCACAUGGUGAAUAUCUGUUGUGCUUUUGCAUAUUGUGCAGACAUCAAGAUGAGAAAAUCUAAUAGUUUAAGAUAUCUUUGUAUAGGUUUUAUUCAAGCUUGAAGAAAAAGAGAAAAAAUGGAUCCUUAAGAGAAUAGUGUUUUUGCAGUAAAAACUUUGAAAGAGAAGAGAAGAACUUACUGUUAUCUCAGAUUGUACUUGUACGUAUUGUUAAAAAUGGAUUGUAUUUGAAACACGAAAAAACUGACUGAAAAUGGAACCAAAAAAAUAACACUUGUUACCUUGCCUGUUGAUGCAUUCAGUGCAAAUCUGGGAAGAUUCCCAGAAUGUGAAUAUUUGUUGCUGUGCUCGGACAUUCUUGAAGACGUUGAGACGAACAAUUCUACUAGUUGUUGAUGUAUAUAUGUUUUAAAAAUCUUGUAGAAGAGAGGAAAAUAAAUCUAAAAGGAAUUAUGUGAAAUGAUGAAAACAUAUUUUUUCAAUUAUGUUAUAGCUAUAUAUUUCAUACAGUAUGGAGAGCAAAUGAAUAAUGAUCGCUGAUGAUUCAUUUUGUGAAAUCCUUGAGUAGAGGGUGAAAUAGAGUGGGGGGAGGGGGGACUGCUUGUAUAUUUUGUGAAUACCAGUUGUAGGGGGAGAUAACUGCUUUUUGUUGUCACUGGACGGUCACAGGUGGAGGGAAUUGGGAAAAAAAAGAGAAAACCCCCCAGAUUUUUCUGGUUUAUGUUUUUUACAUGAAGAGUACAGUGUAUAUAUGUGACACCAGUGAUCUGAAGUUGUAUUCAUGUACAAUUUCAACAUUUGUUGACUAUAUCGAUGUGGACACUCCCUAACCGAUGUAUUUUUGUGCUGGGGUGUCUGUAAGCAUUCAUUCUUAUAUCGGUAAUAUUUUGAGAUUUUUGUUCAUAUUUUUCAUUGUAGAUAUUCAUGUAUUUUGUCAUCAUUUAAUUAUGAGCAUUAAAUGAAAUCAAUGUAAAUACUGUUAUUGUGUAUUUAAAUCAUGUUUAAAAGUAAAAUAAAAAAUCCAGUCAUUCAUUAAAGUGUUGUAAAUAUUUAAAACGAGGGGAUGACACAUUUUUUUUUUUUUUUAAAUGCCUUGCCUUGUAAAUGUACAACUUUUAUAUACUGACAUCCAAAAGCAACAACAUCCAUAAAAUUUGAAUAAUUUGAUAAAUAUUGUUGCAAAAUGAAAAGAACCAAUUUAGAAACCACCUUACAAACACUUCGCAUGUAUCACAAAGUACAGUGUGUUGUUUAAAUGUUGAACGUAACAAUACUUUUGUAUUUGACUUGGUUUUUUAUAAUAUGCUUUCAAGCCUUGUAAAAUGUAUUUUGGAUGUCAGUAUAUAAGUUUACAGAACUUCGUAAGUGGUGUGAAAUGUACAGUCACUGACUGGUUUUUGUAGAUACUUUUUGCUUCACAAAAAAUCCAAAAUGCAUGUUGAGCUAUUUCAAACACUAAAGAGGAUGAGAAACUAUGGAUUUUCAAAAUUAAUAAUUAAGAAGUGGCUGGGGGAGGGAGGUUACACUAAUAACUGGUGUCGGUGUGUUUAAGAAUGUAUUGCUAGGUUUUCAGUAGCAUACCUAGACCCGUUAUAUGGUUACCUUAAGUGCUUUAUGUAGCUAUGCACUUGCGUGAUCUUGACACCGAGAUUGCUUUUGUAAACUGGGUGCAGAUCAUUGGUAUAAACAGGAAAAGCACAUAUCAAUUUAAUUAUUGCGCUUUCUACGGGCCCAAUUUAAGAACAUGUUUUUUCUUAAUUGCAGAUGUUUAAGCAUUGUGUAUAGCAUGUGUGUAAAAAAAAUAAUUAAAAAUCUGUAAAUUCGGCCCAUUACGUUUUAGAAAAGAUAUUCAGAGACUGAACGUGUUAUUACUCUACUGCCAGACUGAAUGUAACGGGAUUUCAUGCUUAAAUGAAGCCCAAUUUUGUUUAAAGACACCACUAGAGCAUAUUAAUUAAUCAUCGGUUGUUGGAUGUCAAACAUUGUAUAAUUCUGAUUUGUCAUCAGAGGAAACCUAAUGAAGCAAGGGAUCUUUUAUAUAUGCACCUUCCAACAGACAAGAAAGCACAUACCACGGCCAUUGACCAGUUGUGGUGCACUGUUUGGAACGACAGAAAAACUUCUAAACAGGACAAAAAAUAAUCUGGAGAUGUCUGAUGGCAGAGAAUUUUUUUCUCAUUAUUUAAACCAAGAGUCUGUUAUUCAUUAUAUGUUAAAAUCCUCACAUAUAUAACAGUUCUGCGUAAUCAGUUAUAAUGUUGUUAGUAACUACAUGUAUGGUCAUUUUGUGAAGGAAAAAAAGGUGUAUGGUAUGGUAUGGUAUGGUAUUUAUACAUGUAUAUACAUAUAUAUUGCAAAUGGUGAUCUGAUUUUAAGUAGGUGUAAAUCACAUUUUAAUAAUGUGAUUACUCCUUAUGCUUGUUUAGUUCACUUUUUUUUUAUUGAUAUGAUGCACGUCAAAACUUGUCCAGACUUGUCAGGUUCAAUUUUUAAGUAGCUGUACAUUGUUGGCAAACAAUUAUUUUUGUAAACCUUUUUUAAUUUUUUUCUUUUUAAAUCUGCUAUAGGGCCCUUUUUUUUGUUCAGCACACAGUACAUUAGAAAUUUAAUAAGUACAGGUUUUCUUUGCUUUAUAUUUUGUUCUGCUAUUUAAAGACAAAAAGAUAAAAGAUUUGUUUACUGUUUACAGUUUGAUUUGUGCAAACUAAUAAUUAUGAUUGUGUAAAUAAAAUUUGAAAAACCA